UGCAUGAGAUCUCACAUGAUCACCCGGCGGCUGUGUAAGCCUCUCAUGAAUACAUCAUCUGCAAGAUUAGUGAUCGUACCUGCACACCCGCUGCGGGUGUCAGCACCCACCUUUUCUAUAUAGAUCUAUAUAUACACAGAGCGGCCGGCUACUGCAGCUGUAUACAUAGGACUGCACAGAUUGAGAUGCACUCGCCUUGUGCCUGCUCCAUGCAACAUCUAUAAGCAGUGAGUCUUUUGCUUUAUGAGGGGUGGGACUUUUUGGAGGGGAUUUUUACUCCAUCCUACAAAUUUUUUCCUAUUUUUUUCCCUUGCCUUGUCUGUCUUUUAACCCUUUACUCCAUGCCUAGCCUUUGCUGGUUGCUGAUGUAUAAUAAGUUAUUUUCUUCCUUUUUUACCUUCCUGUGAAGCAUGGAAGCAGCUCCUGCCAGGCUGGUGUAGAGGACGGCUUUUCAUGUGUCUGAUGUUGGAUAUUGUGGCUCAUUUUAUUUAUUUCAAACUGUUUCCUGCUCUUACAAGUUGAUCUCCUGGGGACUGGACAAGCUUUGCUAAAAAAAAAAAAGAGUGACUUUUUCCCUCGUGUUGAUGCCUAGGGCGAUAUCUGGACCUCAUCUUUAUGUAUGUGGCUGUUUUAUGCAGAAGACUUGGAUGCAUUUCCAGGAGUUUGUUGUUUUUUUCUUCUUUUUUUUCCCUCUGCAAAUAUAAAACAAUUUGAUUUGCAUCCCUUGCAUUGAGUUUGGAUGUAAGACAUCACACGGCUUCUAGGAUUGUUCAAUUUCGUCUUACCUCUCUCAAGCAUCACCCUGCUAAAAGAAAGGACAAGGACAGAGGCGGGGGGCGAGGAUACAUAAAGUACCCCCAAAGACACUGACUCUUCAGACAGACUGCAGCGCAUCUUCUUUACAGUUGUGGCUUUGGAGAUGGCAAUUGCAUGAUUUGUCUUUCUACAGAGACGCACUUGUACUUGGCAUCCUGGGUGUAAGUUGUGCGUCAGCAAGACCCUUUUACCUAAAGCCUACUUGUGUCUCCUUGACAUUGUACAAGCCUUUUGAUCCAGAAAGUGCCACAAACACCAGUCCACAAGUCCUUGCAUUUAUAUAUAGUAACUUUCUACAGAAGGAGAGCUGGCAGAGAUAUUCUGGACUGCACAGGAACCAGUCGAGCUAUUGGUUUAUGAACCUGUGAAUUGAUUCCUUCCUUUCCCUUUAGUUUGGCAGGAGGGGGUUGGCAUCUGGACCGUAGUGCGCCUGAGGUGCCCCCCUGGGAAUGCGUCCCUUGUUUCUUUGCCCUGCUGUGUGUGCAGGGAGCUCUGUGUGAAUGUGCACCGCCCUGCUACUCCUGCUCUCAGUAGCAGCCACAGCAGCCUUACGGCCUCCAGCACCUCCCUGAGCCAGGCUGUCUCUCCCAUUGCUGCAGCAGUGUCCCUGACACGUUCCUACAACCUUUUCCUAUUAACUCCAAGAAAAAGCAGCAGAGCUGUGCCUGCAGAACCGGAGCCCUCUACUGCUCCGCUCCUCUUAUUCGUCUGUAUUCGCUCCUCUCGCGCCCCCUCUUUUUGGCCGGGAGUGAUGUUGCACGUGGAGAUGUUGACGCUUCUGUCUCUGCUACUCUGGAUGUGUGUUUGCAGCCAGGAUCCUGGCUCCAAGGUGGUUGCUGAUCGCUAUGCGGUGUACUGGAACAGCACCAACCCCAGGUUUGUGAGAGGUGACUACCACAUUGAAGUCUGCAUCAAUGACUAUCUAGAUGUAUUCUGCCCUCAUUAUGAAGACUCCGUGCCUGAAGAUAAGACUGAGAGAUACGUUUUAUUCAUGGUGAACUUUGAUGGCUACAGCUCUUGUGAUCACACAUCCAAAGGCUUCAAAAGAUGGGAGUGCAAUCGACCCCACUCUUCCAAUGGACCACUAAAGUUUUCAGAAAAAUUCCAGCUCUUCACUCCCUUCUCAUUAGGAUUUGAAUUUAGACCAGGAAGAGAAUAUUAUUAUAUAUCUUCAGCAAUCCCAGACAAUGGAAGAAGAUCCUGCUUAAAACUCAAAGUCUAUGUACGGCCACAAAACAGCUGUUUGAAAACUAUAGGUGUUCAUGACCGUGUUUUCGAUGUUAACGACAAAGUAGAAAAUUCAUUAGAACCAGCAGAUGACACAGUUCAUGAAUCAGCUGAGCCUUCUCGUGGUGAAAAUUCAGCACCAACACCGAGGAUACAAAAUUGGCUUUUAACUAUGCUUCUGUUUCUCCUGGCGAUGCUUUUGACGUUAUAGCACAGCAUACGUCACAGACCAACUGCAGAAAAACAGGGUCUUGGAACAUCAAAGAUCCACCUAACUGCUUCACCCAAGAAAGGACAGUUUUUCUUUAUGUUUCCCCCCCCCCUUUUUUUGCCUUUUAUAUAUACAUUUUUCCCCACUUCCAAGUGAACAUGAAUUCCACAAGAAUAUCUACUUCACAUAUUAUAAUUUAGACGUUGCUUUUUGUUCCGGAAUCUUAAAUCCUGGUAGAAAUGCCAAAUUUAAAUAGUAACACUAGUGAAUUAAAGAUUUCCUUGCAUUCGGGCAUAAGAAGUCACUUAUUUGGCACAUUUUGUUGUCUGUGAAGACUGCCAUAGGCGGCAUGAAACAGUUAAUAUGGAUAUUGACUUAAAGGAAAUUCAAUCUAAAAGGAAUUUCUCCCUUGGUGACUACCUUACAGAACUGUUGGAUGGUGUGGCAAAAUAUGCAGGAGAACGUGAAAGGAGAUAUUCCAAAAUUUCCAAGGACAUGUUUAUCCGAGAAGACAAUAUUCAUUGACUCUGCUUAGCACUCUUACCUGCACUAAGGGAUUACCAAAGGGUAUGGGGGGAGUCUUUUUAAAUAUUAUUUUUGUUCUUUUAAUAUAUUUGAAGUCAUCUGGAGUGCAGACAAUAUAGGCAGAUACCAUAAAUUGAUCUCCAAGGUGCUACAUUUUUGAUUUUGCUGUUUUACAACUCAUGCAUUUUAUAUACAAUGUGACCAUGCCCAGUUUUAAGCUGUCUUGAAGGCAGUCAUGGGGCACCUUCUUGGUUCAACAUCCUACAACAUGUGCAUCUGCAAGGAAGUGUAUUAUAUUACAGGACAUUAGACUUUGUUUUAAAUUGACUUUCCUAAUUCGUGGAAGAACAUAAUUGAAAUUAUGAAUAAAAGGCAUGAUGAAGUUCUAGCUUCAAAAAAAAACUCUGAUGCCGUGAGUCAAUAUAUGCUUUAUCUGACCUCUUUGGGUGGUUUUAAUUGACCCCUUAAGUGACUAAUUGCAUCCCCUGUAUAAUAUAUAUAUAUAUAUAUAUAUAUAUAUAUAUAUAUAUAUAUUUAUAUGUAAUUUAAAUUGGCUCCAACAGAUUUUAAGGAAAAACUCUCUACCACCUUGUAUAUGCAUUAUUAAGAAAUAUUUUAUGCUGAGAAGACUUGAUUCCAGCAGUAAAUCAAUUCCUGGUUGGGUUAAUGGACAGCUACCUAUUGUCACAUUGGGAGAUUCAAAUAUGGACGCUUAAUAACUUUUCAGGGUGCCUUGAGUUUUUGUUUAUUAUUGAUGUAUAGCAAAGGACGUGACUCAGACACUUCAUAGUCACCAAAUGUACUUUAUGUAAUAAAGACUUUAACAAACUGUGAUUGUUUAAUAUAAAAAGUAAAAAAAAAUUAUCAAGUACAAUAACUUUUAAUAUAUUUCUAAGAACAAUACAGACGUACAUAAAUGGUUAUAGUUAUUCAACGCCAUUUUCUAACUGUCUAAAUUAUGUAUUCCUAUACAUAUUCCGAUAGGAAUGCCAUGGGAGUUGUAACAAGAGCCUUCAAAAAAAAAAAAAAAAAUCCAUGUGCUAGCCUGGGUUGCUUUAAUCUAGAACAAUAGUAUUAUGCAAUUUUUUUACGUCGUAUAUACAAUAAAGAACAAUAAAGCACAGAGACCGAUAACCUAAGAAAUAAAUAUUAUAUUAUUCUAUAGGCUACAUUGAUGACAAUGUGAUUCAUAUACUGUAGUUUGUCAUGCCGCAAUUUUACAGUGUUAGCACAAGAACUACCUUCAAUAGAGUUCCGGGUCUGGUUUCUAUAGUGACAAUGUAGCAGUAAUUGAUAACAGCCAUUAUGGAAUAAAUCAAUAAGAAUACUUAUGCUAGGUUCUUAUAAAGUAUGGCCUCUAAUAACACUUCAGUAACACAACUGCUACUUCUCUGGAUGGCCUGUUGAUGGAUGUUAAUGUAUUUAAGCAGCCUUAACAUUGCUUUAGGCCUUUUAGUUUUAAUAAUUGUUUUAAAGAUUAUAAUUAUUAUUAUUGUUGUUAUUUUUUUUUAUUAAUAUUAUUGUCAUGGAGUAGCAGUUUUAAUUUUUAUACCUUUAAAAAGUUGUAUCUCCCUCUUAAAAACAGGUACAGUUAUAAGCAAUUGUGACCAACUAAAUGACAAAUACUGUAUGUAAUACAACCAAGUGAGUAUGGUCUAUCCAUUUGGACAGAAGCUGGUUGUAAUCAAUAGUGAUGAGCGGCAUAGGCCAUAUUCGAAUUCUCAAUAUUUUGCAAAUAUAUGGAUGAAUAUUCAUCCUAUAUUUGCAAAAUUUGAAUAUUCGCUAUGUUUGUUCUCUUUCUUUUUCCAUGCAAAAAUUUGUAAUUAAAUUUGCAUAGUGCCCAUGCGUGAUUAUAUAUUUUACUUAAAAGAAGGGAGGGAUCAGUGUCCUCUGACUGGAAGUGCCGAUAUUUGCAAAUAUUUGCAUAUUCGCAUAUAUUCGCAAAAAAAGAGAACAUUCGUCAUUUCGCAAAAUGUCGAAGUGACGAUAUUUGCAGUAAAAAUUAGCAUUUUGAAUAUUCGCGCUCAACACUAGUAAUCAAAUAGGAAAGAGCAAUAUGUAGAAGACAUUUUCUGUAAUGUUUAGAGAUGCAAUUCAAAAGAUGUUGGGGCAAAAUCGAAGCUGCUCAUUGCACUUGAAGUCUCUUUGGCUUUCUUCUCUUCUCACAUGCGUUGUCUUUUUCCACUUUAUUUUCCCCAUAAACUCCUUUGGCCCAGGUAGGGUACCCUUUUAACCCAUUUUCCUGGUAGCCAGUGGCUUUGCAACUUGAAGCAGGGGGAUCAAGCAUCAGUCUGUUUGGUGGAUACUGUGUAUCCUUUAAUACACAAGAUAACAUUUCAUGUUAGAUUAGAAUAUUGUUUUGUACUAUACCUUCUUGGAUGGCAAAGAAUAUAAGAUAAAGAAACAAAAUUACAUUCUUUAAAUUCUGUUAUGUUGUAUAUAGUGUUUGAUAAUAAAGUAUUAAUUCAAUUCUUAUGUCUUUUGUAAGUGAAUACAUUAGACUUUCAGACUACAACAAAAAAAAUCAUGCUUGACACCCAAUAAUGCUUAAAAAAUAUUUUAAAAAAUGUAAAAAAAAUUGAAUAAAAGGUUUGUUUGUGAACAUGACCACUCAUAAGUCCUCACUCCGUCAUGAUCCAGAGAAACACAACAUGUAAUGAUCAAUGUUUUAUACUAAAUGUUUAUAGGUCUGAUGUUAGAGCCCUGUGUAUUUUUGGCAUGUUGGCUUAAGGAAACAUGUAGAAUUUUAUUUUAUUUUUUACUUUUUUUCUGGGAGGGGUGGGACAUACUUUCGUCCAUGCUUGAGCCAUUCAUCAGCUACACAGGAUAUUCUCUAAGAAAAAAAAUAAUAGUAUUAAAACAAAAUAAAUAUUUAAAACAUAUUUAAUGUAAUGCUUCAGUACAUCAUAUGUUACUCAUUUAAAGUUUAUGUAAUCUGUUUUGUCCAGCAUAGCCGCAGUCUUCAUAGUUCAUUUAUCAUUGAAAUAUUAAAUGUGUUUCCAAUAUCCUUUAAAAUCUGUACUUGGUUUUGUUAACUUGUCAUGUAACUGUGUGGCUACCUGUUUAAUUUCUACCUUACUUCUGUUACUUCUGCUCUGUCUUUCUCCUUUCAAGCAGUGAAUGAGCAGAUCUGCCCUACUUUUUUGGCAUCACCAAGUUUUUCCCAGGCCUUCACCCCCCAACUUUCUCAGAUCUGAGACAAAUCUCCCUAUGAUACGCUUACUGCCAUUGUCUGUGCAGUUUAAUAGAUGCUGGCAUGUUGGAGGUUACCCAUGAGGCUACAAAAUCCGCUUUCCAUACUUACUCUUGACAUCUCAUUGAAACCACUCAUUGUCUGUGCAUCUGGGUAAGAAAGUCCAGCUCAGUGUGGUCCUGUGCUUGUACUCCCCUGCUUUGGACUUACUAUUCAUUGAGUGCUGUUUUGAAAUGCUUACAUUAUAUGAGUUGAAAAGAAAAUGUAAAAAAAAAUAAUCAUAAACUGUAUUUGUAUAUACACGUGUCCGUACAAAUAAACUGAAAUAAAAAA